AUGAACUCGGCCGCAGUAAUAACGAAGCGGCCUCUGGCCUGUCUGAAAAACAGCCUCCGAUAUGCCAGCCAGCAAAGGCCAAUCCGCCGAUUAAUGGCAACCCAGGUCGUCGCCGACGCCGAUGCCGCCGCUACCACUACCACUACCACUUCCUCAGAACCCCCGAAAUACUCGAGGGUCAGACUCUCACCACACACAAUCUACGGUGUCCCCAAAAGCCGGAGGAGCACAAAGUUCCGCACCGGUUUCGCGGUCUACACGCCGCAGGUGAAGCGGCCGUCGACCACGGACCCGCUUGCGGCCUUUCACCAAAAGCAGAUCAAGGACAUGGACCCGCGGGGCGCGCGGACGCGGCUGUUUGACCGCGCCAAUCGGGAGGGCGUCAAGGUCGGCGACGUGCUGAUGGUGACGACGCGCCGGUCCGUCGAGCCCUUUUCGGGCGUGUGCCUGUCGAUCCGCCGCGCCGGCAUCGACACGGCCAUCCUGCUGCGCACCGCCCUGACCAAGAUCGGCGUUGAGAUGUGGUUCAAGAUCUACAGCCGCAACGUCGUCGGCAUCGACAUCGUCCAGCGCCGGCCCAAGCGCGCCCGCCGCGCCCGCCUCACCUACAUGCGCCAGCCCAAGCACGACCGCGGCAACGUCGACGCCGCCGUCACCGCCUGGCGCAAGUCGCGUAACAUUCUGGGUUCCCGCAAUAAGAGUGCCGAGAAGCCCGGCGCCAGGCCUGGAGCAAAGGCAGGGGCAAAGGGUGGCAAGAGGAAGUAA